AUGACGAGGGGACGAAAGUCGUGCGGUCUACCAGACAUCACGAAUGGCAAGUUUGCCUCCACCACCGAUCUCCUGUUCGGGGCGAAAAUAACCUACACCUGUAACGAUGGGUACCGCUUAGUUGGGGAGUCGACCGCAGAAUGUAUACUUGGGGACAGUGGAGUUCAUUGGAGUCACGUGCCACACUGUGCCAUUAUUCCCUGUUCACCACCUCCUGAGAUCAAGAAUGGGAAGAUCAACAGCGGGGCCGGAGACUUCACCGUUGGCGCGGUUGUAACUUAUAGCUGUAACGAACAUUUUUCUCUUAUUGGAAACGCUGAGAUUCACUGUACGACGACAGAUGAUAAACUUGACGGAAAAUGGAGCGGUCCAGCCCCUGAAUGCAAAGUGGUCAGAUGUGAAAAUCCAAAAGUGAAAAAUGGGAGAAAGUUGUCUGGCUUCGGCACUGAGCACACAUAUAAAAAUACAGUGAUUUUUGAGUGUGAUUCUGGUCAUGUAUUGAACGGUAGCGGUGUAGUUACUUGUGAAGCAGACAAUACCUGGAAGCCGCGUCUGCCAACAUGUGACCCAAUCCCCUGUGGUCCUGCCCCGCAAUUCCAUUUCGCCGAGUUAACAAGCGCUGUGGGUGACAGCUCUCCAGCCGAAACGAAGCUGAUGUAUCGGUGUAAACCGGGUUAUGCUCUAGCUAGUGGGAAGUCCUCUGUUGUCACUUGUCUGAGGGGUCCGACUUGGUCUGUAGACUCAGACUUCUGCAUACGACAGCAAUGUGCUCCUCCCAAGAUAGAGAAUGGGGAUGUGAUUGCAGAGAAUUUCAUGUUUGGGACGGUUGUGACAUUCCGCUGUCAUCCCGGUGGCUUUGAUGUGACCAAAUCCCGUUUCAUAGCAGGGGCAACUUCUGGUGGCCUACACGCGGUGGUGUGGGGGAAGAACCCUUUCUGGGCCAUCUUCUGGAAAGCACCAAACUUCUUCUCUUUCUUUAGCUGGGAGAAGUACUCAGACACUCUUGCUGAUGUCCCUCCUGUAGGACGGCACUCUGACAGUCGCUGUGAAGAGCCCCCCACCAUUGACAAUGGGAUGCACAACGGCACAAAGGGCACAGUCUUUGUCCAUGGCUCCACUGUAGCUUAUAAAUGCAGGGAUGGCUUCACCCUUGCUGGAGCGGCCCUCCUUCAGUGCAUGGCAGGAGAUCAGUACCGGGGAGUGUGGAACGAGCCCGCUCCUGAAUGCAGAGGUGGAGCAAACGUGAUCAUUGCUGGAAUCUUCCCCCUCCUCCUGGCGAUGCUGGUUACGAAUGUCUAG